AUUGUUGGUGGUGUAAAUACCGAGCUUUGCGAGUUCCCAUGGAUGGUGCGACUGCAAGUGGGAAGCAAUUUAUGCAGUGGCUCCAUUAUUGAUGAGACACAUGUUAUGACAGCAGGUCAUUGUGUAUCCACAAAUACAGCGAGUGAUAUGACUGUAAAUGUUGGUGAAUAUGAUUAUAGUAAAACAGAAGCCCAAGAUCAAGUUGUUGGUGUUUCUAAAAUCACUGUUCAUCCAGAUUAUCAAUUGGAUGAAAACGAUAUUGCCAUCCUGACUCUAGAUAAACCAUUAACAUUCAAUGAUUGUGUUCAGCCAGUUUGUCUACCGGAAGUUGGAGAUAGUUCAGCUCUAAAUAAAGCUCAGUGUACUGUAACUGGAUGGGGUACUACAUCAUACGGUGGUAAAACCUCUCCCAUUUUACAGGAAGUAACCAUACCGACUUACAGUGGUGCCUUAUGUGAUGCUCAAUUCCCCAACACUACACCUACUGAUCCUAGUGUACAGAUCUGUGCUGGAAAACCUUCUGGAGGUGCUGAUAGUUGUCAGGGAGAUUCAGGUGGUCCAUUAUUCUGUCCAGUAAAUGGUCAGUAUGUACAGUAUGGUAUAGUAUCUUAUGGUGAUGGUUGUGCUAUAGCUGGAAAUGCUGGUGUUUAUACUGAUGUCAGUGCUAUGACUGACUUUAUUAACUCGGUAACAAAAUAA